CAGUCCCGAUGCGACUUUCAAUGGCGACGGUUCUCCUCGGAAUAUCGCGUCCUGGCAUUUUGGCAACCCACACUGCGGUCCGCGUAACUAUGCCCGGUCAUGCCACAUAAAUCAGUGUCAUAAAUCUGCGCGUCUUGUGUAUGAAAUUAUGUGGCAGUGUCCCGCAAACAGCAAAGAGAAAUUCUAGAUAUUUAUCUGUCGAGUGCCGAAUAAAAACUUGUCUAAAGAAAAACAAGUAAAGCAAGCAAAUUAACCGUUUGGCGGGAAACGAAAUAAAAUGGUAUCCCAGCGGGUAAAAGUGAAGAAAGUCAAGUGAAAGUGGCGGCUGCCGUUCCCUAAGCGCAGAAAACAACGUAAAAUAAAAUCCUUCUUGUGUCAGCGUGCUUGGAAUGCUCAUCCGCGAGGAGGCGUGAGCUACUAAAAGAUGGCCAUCCUGGAGUCUUGUUGCUUUUGGAAGGAUGUGCGGAGUGGCAGCUUUGCCUGCGCCAUCUACACGUUGGUUUACUUUGGCUUCUCGACGCUGAUGUUUUUGUUCUACCUAAUCGAGGAACAGGACUUUCUGCUGGGUAACCGUGCUCAGCCGCUGGGUGAAAGUUUGCUGGAGAAGGGCGAUGUGACUGUAGUGACUGUGAUAUUCAACAUUUUGUUGCUCUUUUGCUCCAUACUGAUGGUGCUAUCGUCGGUUCUGCUCAUAUUGGGCCUCCAGCAGAACAAGAGACAUCUGCUGAUACCCUGGAUUAGUUUCAUGCUGGGCGAUCUGCUCAUCGAGGUCUGCCACUUGGUCCACUUGGCCCUAUCCCGCCGCGUCAAGUUCGAUCCGAUUGUCGGUUUCAUCUUUACCAUGGAUUUCUUCCUACUGUGCCUCAAUCUUUACUGUCUGCUGUGCGUCAUCUCGCAGUACCAGACGUUCCGUUCCCAGCGGGCGGAGAUGCGACUGGCGGCCUCGACGGCAUCGCCUAUUGUGGUCUUCACAGCAGCGGAGAAGCUAACCAAAGCACAGCAACAGCAACUGCACAAUAAUCUGUUGCAGCAGCUGGAGACCGGAAGCGGAUAUGGCAAGCGGCGACGUAUGCUCGGAGCAGCCAGCCCGCUAAUAACUUCGCAGCGGCCUACCAACUUCUCCACCAUCACCGAGGAGGAGGAGCAGCAGUCCCGAACAGCACUGCCAGGAAUAUAAGAAGUGAAAAAGUUCCAAGAACUACCAAAACUUUGUGACUACAAGAAACACAAAAGUUUGCCGAAACUAUUUGUGUAACUUUCUCUCGCCAAAACUUGAAGGACCGCAAAAAUGUGGUUUAUGACGCCAGAAGAGCGCAUGAAAUUCUUGGCGGUCAGCUCCACUGCCAAAAAGCUUUAAAUUUAACCAAUUAUUUUGUACGUUACCCCCAACAAUGAACUAUCAAUAUGAAGGACUUUUGAUAAGAAUGUAAUCAGCAGUGCUCAAAUACCCUUCAAAGUUUUAUUCAAUAAUUACAGUGAGAGGAAGCGGGGAAACAUGAAAAAAAAAUCCAUCAAUCAAUCAACACACAGCUGCUGUGAACGAAACCUUUUCAACUCCCAACGGAAAUUCACGGUGAAAUACAUCAAAUUUGUUUGUCAACAGCAAACACCACCGACCGAACUUUCCUGUAAAUCUAUUAUGCAAAAUAUAGAAAUUCUUUUAAUAUCUAGAAAUAUUCAUAUAAAAUUCCUGGAAAGCAAGCUGAACC